GUUCAGUUAUCUGGAUGGACUAUUCUGUUUCGGAAAAGAGAGCAUGAGAACACAGAUCGGAGGUAGGAGCCAUCUCUCAUUGUAUCCCCCAAUGGAGAACCGUGAACCAUCACGAAGCAAGAGCCCGGCACACAGGAUAUUGCCUCAAUAAAUCCCUCCAGCGCCAAAAUACAAUCCAUCCGCGUCGCAUUCGGCUCUGAGAAAGCGUUUCCUGACAAGCAUCCUCAAGAGGAAACUACUAGGUCGAUUCGCACAACACCAGCAGCCGAGCCAGAAAACAAAACAAACCAGUACACCCGAUCCCGAGGCCACAGUCACAACCCAAACCUCCAGCGAUCCUGGCAAACUCGGGUAAUGGUUCCCGGGAGGUCACCUUCAAAAUGCUACACAAGUUGAUUCCAAAGUGGAGGCUCUCAGCCAUUCGGCCACCUCGAACGAGGAGCAGCUGCUACAGGCCUCGACCGCAACAAUCAAGCGAUACCGAUGCCCAUACGCUAAUUAGAUUAAGCCUUGGCCACAACUCGGCCAAUGUGAUCUACCUCGUAAUGGGACUUAUGCGAAAAGGUGAAAAGGCACGGAAUUCAUAUUUUGUUGACGCUGCCAUGGAUAGCGGAAACUACUGGUGUCAGAAACUGUUUGUUGUCGAGCUAAAUUCAUCAGUUCUGGAGAAACUUACUUGCUUCCAUCUGGUAGACGUGUUUCAAGCUACUGCAAUCCACAGCCGCAUGCAAAGCUCUUUGUCCGACGAAACUGCUGCCUCUGACACAUCUGAACGCUGAAGUUCGUCUGCUAGGUGGUCGACCAGAACUGCCGAAAAUCAAAACCGGGUCGAAAUUUACAUUGGGAAAUGGUUCCUUUAUCCAACCGGAACGCAACAAUUGUGGAUUGAUAGGCUACUUGGAGUACCGUAGUCUAGCUGUGAGUCUCCUAAGAACGAUGUGUUGCCAUUCGCCUUAGUUAGUGGGAGGCACCCCAUCGACCGAGCACUCGAGUACAAAUGAAAAUUGUCACUCUGUUCUAAUGUAACUAAAACUACUGUCGACUCAGGCAGCCAGAAAUCAGGUUUUCAACUGCUGUUUUCGAUGAACUGAACAUGAUCCGAAACGACCGUUGAACAUCAAACACCAUUCAGUCGAACUAGAAGACCUGCCGAAAAGUAUGCGAAAAGGUAUCAAGGGAAUUACCAAGACAAAGUAUUCAAAUGGAACGGCGCUAUAGUGUAUUAGGUUGAAAACCAUAGAACUAAUCCUGGAUAAGAAGAUGAGCCAAAGUUUCUUCUACUCUCGUGUGCGGCUUCAUAAAAAUUGACUUCAUGCGGCAUUUACCGAUUCUACUUUUUCAAAAUGAGCUUCAAUUAUCUUAUGAUUAAAAUGAACAUCGCCUGAAGCGACUGUUUCCCCCAGCUAGCAAACAUUGCUGAAACUUAAGCUGGCGAUCAUCACCUUGAACUUUCUACCUACAUUUCCUUUUCAGCGUCGGCUUCCCACAGCUAUUUAAAUGCCACAAUUUUUUUAUAUAUAUUUUUAAUUGGUAUCAAACUGGGUCAUUUACAUUAAAGCGGGCCAUAGACUACACAACAUUUGUACAAAUGCGAUGAAAUUCGAUGAAAUUUUGUCGCUGUGAGCACGAUUUGCAUAGUGUAUGGCACUGCUUGAAUGAGCGCCCAAACGGUUGGAGUAAAAUCGGUCGGGAUCGAAAUAUUUUGUACAAAACAUUCUCCCAGCCGGGGUGGAGAUGGUUUUUUUUUGUUGCUGUUGCUGUUUUCCCAGCAAUCAUGUGUGUUCGCGUGAAAUAUGUUUGUAUAGUGUGUGGGCGAGCAUAGAUCAAACAAUCGAC